AUGUCGCUGCACGGGAAGCGGAAGGAGAUCUACAAAUAUGAGGCGCCCUGGACCGUGUACGCCAUGAACUGGAGCGUCCGGCCGGACAAGCGGUUCCGUCUGGCGCUGGGCAGCUUCGUGGAGGAGUAUAACAACAAGGUGCAGCUUGUUGGUUUGGAUGAAGAGAGCUCAGAGUUCAUUUGCAGGAACACCUUUGAUCACCCCUACCCUACCACGAAGCUUAUGUGGAUCCCAGACACCAAGGGAGUAUAUCCAGACCUGUUGGCAACCAGUGGUGACUAUCUGCGAGUGUGGAGAGUGGGUGAAACAGAGACCCGGCUGGAGUGUUUGCUGAACAAUAACAAGAACUCCGAUUUCUGUGCUCCGCUAACAUCAUUUGACUGGAAUGAAGUGGAUCCUUACCUUCUAGGUACCUCUAGUAUUGACACAACCUGCACUAUUUGGGGUCUGGAGACAGGACAGGUUCUGGGAAGAGUAAAUCUGGUCUCUGGACAUGUGAAGACCCAGCUUAUUGCGCAUGACAAAGAGGUGUAUGACAUAGCAUUUAGCCGUGCAGGUGGUGGGAGAGAUAUGUUUGCUUCAGUUGGUGCAGACGGCUCGGUGAGGAUGUUUGAUCUCCGUCAUCUGGAACACAGCACCAUAAUUUAUGAGGACCCACAGCACCAUCCAUUGCUGCGUCUCUGCUGGAAUAAGCAGGAUCCCAACUAUCUUGCUACAAUGGCCAUGGACGGCAUGGAGGUUGUGAUUCUAGAUGUCAGAGUUCCCUGCACUCCUGUUGCCAGGUUAAACAACCACAGAGCAUGCGUAAAUGGAAUUGCUUGGGCACCUCAUUCUUCCUGCCACAUUUGUACAGCAGCGGAUGACCAUCAGGCUCUCAUCUGGGAUAUCCAGCAAAUGCCUCGUGCCAUUGAGGACCCUAUCUUGGCCUAUACAGCAGAGGGAGAAAUCAACAAUGUACAGUGGGCAUCAACUCAGCCAGACUGGAUAGCUAUCUGCUACAACAACUGCCUGGAGAUUUUGAGAGUGUAACAUUACUGCUUCAUGCCACAUUGAAGCAGGGCUGUAUAAUUUCCCCUCCCCUCUAAAGUAAGAACAACACAAGUCAAGUGGCCAGUAUCUGUUGUUGCUUUGCAUCUGCUGUUACAAGAAACUGUUACAAGAAUCAAUGGCAGGUGUGACCUGUCUCGAAGACUCUAAAAUGCAGAGACAUGCUGAGCCUCUUGGACUUUCUGGGUUCUGGUUUUCUUUUUUUUUUUUCCCCCCUCAGUUAAAGUUCUGUAUAUUUGUUUGACUGUAUUAAUAAGCUUGCAGGCUUUUAAGUUGCUGCAUAUGUCCAUGUGUUUGUCAGCCAGCUGAGGCAGCACAUCAACUAGUUUAAUAGAUGAAAGUGCAAAACAAGGUGGGGGGAAAAAGACAUUGAUGUUAACAGCCACCUUGGCAGGAAUCUUUAUCAUUCCUGUUGUUGCUGCCUCUAAACUGUUUAAACGUUUGUA